AUGUCGGAUAGAUUACCAGUCUCCGAGCGUCGUCUUGGUGACCUGCUUGAUGCGCUUGUUAAUGAACAACGCAAGGAUAUUAAAGCAUACAGUUCAGGCCAUCUAAACCAUGACAAACUGUGGAAACACCCGACUAAAUCUACGCAUGUUUCAUGGGAAAGUGCCAACAAACCCAUCCCAGUUAUGAGAGAACCAUCUAAAAUUCCCAAACCUCAACGUGAUAUGGAAGGUAACAAUAAAAUGACAGGUACCAUGUACAAUUUCAGCAUGGGCACCACCGGAAGUAUUGCCCUUCCCCCUGUGGAUGGACGAGUGCAGAAAGCACACCGCAGCCCUAGUCCACGUGCAAGCCCUUCUCCUAGCAUGUUUGUCCCACCGCCAUCACCAAGACUGAUGAAACGAGCGCAGGAGGAAGUGACAGAUUUGAGACCUGGUUCGGGUUUGUCGUACAAAUCUGACAAUGUGUAUAUCGAGGAGUUAAUGCUGCCUGAAGUAAUGUUGCCUGUCCCCGGCAUGAGAACUCAGCCUAAGUCAAAAGUAAACGAACCUGGAUAUGUUCCACGGGAGGGUAAGAUUGGCAAGUACCAGAAACAACGAUUUAUCCAGUCUCAUCUGGGCGAGGUGACAAAACGUGACCAAUUUCAAAAAUUUCAAGAAUUUGAAAGCAAUGUACUGAGGAGACCAGACGCACAUGAGCAGGGUGUGCUGACUGGGAAAAAAGCGGUGGAACAUCUAGAAAAGAAACUGCAUGAGUUGCUGUUAGCCCUGGAUGAAGUGUAUCGACUUGGCGGUCCAAAUUUCCACCGACUACAGAUUUUCAGUUGCGUAUUUGAUGAUCUUGUUGAAGAUACGCCCAUAUUUGGUGAUAUUCUGAAAGCUAUCAAGAAUGAGUAUGAUCUCUACAUGGGUUCACUAUUGGACAACCAAUCAUCACAAUCCAGCCAAGUACUAUACCAACAAGUCAAAAGUCUAGCUACCAGCGGUGCUGCUGCUACACGAGAAGUCGCUGCAGAAAGGCAUCGAGUCAAGCAUUUAGAAAUGGAGGCAAAGAAAUUGCUUAAAAAGAAUGAGAGCUUGAGGGAGGAACUUGAGAUUGAGAAAGACGGCCUCGCAAAUGAUCCACCACUAAAAGAAAAACCAAAAAAAUCAAUGAAAGUAUACCAAGAGGAGAAAAAACCCAAAGACACAGCAGAGCAGAUCGAGGCAUUACAUAAUGCGAUACUGGAACAGAUAGAUGUACUGAGACAAGUCAGAGACGAACUAAAGGAGAAUUAUGUUCCAAACUCUGUUUGUCAACAAUUAGAACAGUGUGUCAAAGAAACUGAAGUCGAAAUACAGAGAGUAUUGAGUACAAAUGAUUACUUAGAAAGAGCUGUCGAGGUAAGCUGCCUGUUCUUUAUAUUCAAUGGACCAAACAUACAAGCUGUGAUUGGUCAGAUUCUACAAACUAUGAUUGAUCAGAUUCUACAAACUGUGAUUGGUCAGAUUCUACAAACUGUGAUUGGUCAGAUUCUACAAACUGUGAUUGGUCAGAUUAAACAAACUGUGAUUGGUCAGAUUCUACAAACUGUGAUUGGUCAGAUUCUACAAACUGUGAUUAGUCAGAUUAAACAAACUGUGAUUGGUCAGAUUCUACAAACUGUGAUUGGUCAGAUUCUACAAACUGUGAUUGGUCAGAUUAAACAAACUGUGAUUGGUCAGAUUCUACAAACUGUGAUUGGUCAGAUUCUACAAACUGUGAUUAGUCAGAUUAAACAAACUGUGAUUGGUCAGAUUCUACAAACUGUGAUUGGUCAGAUUCUACAAACUGUGAUUGGUCAGAUUAAACAAACUGUGAUUGGUGAGAUCAUACGAAAUCAACUUGAGCAUGAAUUAGAAAAGCUUUUGGAGAAAUCAAGAGCUGAUGAGAAUGAGAAAAGGAAACUUCUCAAGAAGCUGAAGCUUAUAUCAGACAGUUCUACAGAUGCCUCAGAGUCAGAGUCAUGCCAUGAUUCGUCGACCUAA